AUGCCAACGCCACGACCGCCAGCCCGACAACGCAAAUGGGCUCCCAAGGUUCGAACGGGCUGUAAGACCUGUAAAGUGCGCAAGAAGAAGUGUGAUGAGACGAAGCCGCAUUGUUUGAGGUGUGUGAAGGACAAGUUCACGUGCGAUGGAUACACGACGCCAAAAACUUGGGUUUUUGAGCCAACGUCAAAGCAGCAUGAUGAUGGUGCUGGGGAUGCGACGGUGACAGCGGAAGUGGCACAGACGACUGAGACUGCAUCUGUAUCGCCGAACUCCAGGUCAGCCACAACGUCGCUUUCAGACACGCCGGGCUUCGAGCAUGCUACGUCGUUGGUAACAGACAGGACAUACUUUGAGCCGACUACUACGUCGGUGGCCGAUGUACCAUGCUUUGAACAAGGAGCAGCUACGUAUGUCUUGUCGUCUGGUUCUGGGAGCGUCGGUCAAGACUACUUGUCGUUGCCGCUUGUUCAGCAAGAUCAUGGACGGCUAGGGGAGAACUAUAACGAUUCCACACAACCCGCGUCUCUGGUCAGACACGGAGAGCGACGAAGUAUCACCGUGGCCGAGCACUUGUCCAUGAUGCAACCUUCCACCCCAUGGUCCUCCGAGACCGACCGCAAUUUCUGCCAGUACUUCCUCCUUGAAUUCGCGCCCCUGUUGGCGACAACAAGUCAAUGGAGAUACUUCUGGCACGCGGCCAUCCCACAAGCAGCAUGGCUCAACCCGUCCAUCAACCACGCUGUCAUCGCCGUCGCCGCGACGUACGAGUCCCGCAGAUCGGGCGUCGACCGCACAGAGUUGAUCCUGCACAGGACGAAUCUCGCCAUCCGCGAAUUUGCUGCAGACUCUGUCUCACCAGACAUGGCGCUGAUUAUGUGUCGACUGUUCUCGUCCAUGGCGCAGUGUCAAGGCGACGUUCGCACAGCAGCCAUGCACAUGACUAGUGGGCAGAAGAUUCUUAGGGAUGCAACGCGCUCCGGCAAGGCCAAAUCCGAGAUCAUGAAGAUCAUGGCGCCGACGGUGCUGGCUUUGACGACAGAUGAGAUUGGCGAUGAUGAGGACGUCGGUGCGAGGUUCUCCGGUGAUAAGUGGUUUGCGUUUGCCGUGUUGAAGGACAUCAGGACCCGGUAUGGGCGAUUAUUGCAUUCGUGGACGGAGGAACAGUGGGACGGGAUUGAUGCGCCGGCCAGUGGUGUCUUGUCGAUUGCUUGGAGCACGCUCACCCAAGCGUUUUCUUCGGCGCUGUAUCCGGACGUCGUGGUCUUCGGACCGGAUGAUCCUGUCACUCCUGUCUGGCAGAUUCGUUUUCAGCUACGGGAUGCUGGACGCCUGUUGAGUCUUGAUGAACUUGACGUGGAGUUUGACGUGUUGAUUCACGAUUUGGAUUGCCAUUUUGGCAGGCUCGAUGGCCGUCUGAGGCUUUCUGAGGAGCUGAAGGACCGCUUGAAAAGGCUGGUGGAGAAUUAUGUGGUGCAGGCGUCCGUGGUGGAGCCGCGGAUGACUGCUGGGACGUUUUGGCACCAGUAUACGCAUCAGCAGUGCUAUAUUGAGCGGCAUCUCGAGAGACUGGAUCAAAGUCUGCCGGACGAUCUGCCCAGGUUGGAGGGAGGUCGAGUAUCGAACGAUGAUGUUAUUUCUGAAUCUACCGGGGGGAGCGUCGAGGGUCCAGGUGCGGAUUUGGAGCGCAGAAAGAGAGAGUAUUACCUUGAACAUGUCUGUCAUCAUCGGAGUGGGUUCGUGCCGCUUCCGUCGGGCGGUCCUACCAUGGGCUGGAUGGCUGAACGCACAAGAACAAGGCUGUGGGUAUCAACGGAGUGA